AUGAAGUACAUGGGCGACUACCCGUCCAAACGGACGCGCUCGGUCAACGAGUUGACGGACCAGAUCUUUGAGGGAGCGCUGAAGGCCGAACCUCUGAAGGACGAGAUCUACUGUCAGAUCCUCAAACAGCUGACUGACAACCACGUCAAGUACAGUGAGGAGAAAGGCUGGGAGCUGCUGUGGUUGUGCACUGGUCUGUUUCCUCCCAGUAACGUGCUGCUGCCUCACAUCCAGCGCUUCCUGCAGUCGAAGAGACAUCACCCGCUGUCUGGAGACUGUAUGCAGAGGCUGCACAAAGCUCUACGUAACGGAUCCAGGAAGUAUCCCCCUCACCUGGUGGAGGUGGAGGCCAUCCAACAUAAAACAACACAGAUCUUCCACAAAGUCUAUUUCCCCGACGAUACAGACGAGGCGUUCGAGGUGGAGUCCAGCACCAAAGCCAAGGAUUUCUGUCAGAACAUUUCCACCCGGCUGCUGCUCAAAUCUCCUGAAGGAUUCAGCCUCUUCGUGAAGAUCUCAGACAAGGUGAUCAGUGUCCCAGAGGGAGAUUUCUUCUUUGACUUUGUCCGACAUUUAACAGACUGGAUCAAGAAAUCUCGACCAGCGAAGGACGGUAUUGUCCCCUCUCUGACUUAUCAGGUGUUCUUCAUGAAGAAGCUGUGGACCAGCACAGUUCCAGGGAAGGACUCCUUCGCCGACUCCAUCUUCCACUACUACCAGGAGCUGCCUAAAUACUUGCGUGGCUACCACAAGUGUUCACGAGAAGAGGUUUUCCAAUUGGCAGCGCUCAUCUACCGCGUCAAGUUUGAAGACGACAAAUCUCACUUUCCUACAAUUCCCAAGAUGCUUCGGGAGCUGGUUCCCCAGGACCUGAUUCGUCAGAUGUCCCCGGAUGACUGGAAAAGAUCUGUGGUGGCGUACUUCAACAAACAGGCCGGUAAAUCCAGGGAAGAGGCCAAACUGAUGUUUCUGAAGAUUAUCUACAAAUGGCCGACCUUUGGCUCCGCCUUCUUCGAGGUCAAGCAAACCACAGAACCCAACUACCCAGAGAUCCUGCUGAUCGCCAUCAACAAACAUGGAGUCAGUCUCAUCGACCCCAAGACCAAGGACGUCCUGACCACACACCCCUUCACCAAGAUCUCCAACUGGAGCAGUGGCAACACCUACUUCCACAUCACCAUCGGCAACCUGGUCAGAGGAAGCAAACUGCUGUGUGAGACCUCACUGGGUUACAAGAUGGACGACCUGCUGACCUCUUACAUCAGUCAGAUGCUGACCACCAUGAACAAGCAGCGCUCCGGGCGGGGCCACAGCAAGUGAACUUCUUACUGGCGGGAGGCCGCUGAGCUCAUCCGGCACUUGCGCCCUAUAGGCCAGCACUGCAGCUGGGGGCGGACCUUCGCCCACCAGCUGUGGAGGAUGAGCCGCAGUCCUUCUGCUAGCUCCCAAGGGUCAAAGGUCUCUGGGGAGAGUUCGGCCGCCAGCAGCGACGACCCCGGCGAAGGCCCCAGCAACUAUUACCCCCGCAAAUACAACUACGACGAGGACGAGCCGUCCAGCGAGGAUGACUACCUCUAACACUCCAACGUCUUCGUCCAACAGGUCGACAGUCAGACCUUCGUGUAGAGAAACACAGCGUGGAGUCAGUUCUGCCUCCACGUGUCCAUCAUUGGACUGAUUCAGAUCAAAGCAUCGACUCUUGGAUCUAGAUGUCAGAUCUCUGCCAAGUUCAGAUGACGCAACCGUGAUUUCUGUGCAGGUCCCACCACUCGACCUGCUUGGAGUUUUGUAGUCGUUGUGACGACUGACUGUCGACAAGAGGUCGCACUCUACAUCGUCUUUCACCAUGAGUGACCCCGACUGCGUCUGUUGUCUGAACCACCCUCACAGAACGAGGCUUCACUUUCUGUUCAGUGAUUUAAAGAGUUGUGAAAGAUUUCGGGCUCAACAUCGUCUCAGAUCAUCACACGUUUCUCUGCUCCGCUCUCUGACUGCUGUGGUGAGAACCUGUCCUGUAACACCAGCAUGUUAAACGCUGUGUGUUUAAAACACGGAUAUAAAAACAUGUCUUGUUAAAUUUAUUUGCCUCCGAAGUUACUGAAAAGCCUUAAAUUUAAUCUUGAAUAUUUUCUCUUGGCUGCUGUAAACUUAACUGUUAGUUAUGAUUUAAAUGAAAAGUUGAACGGCCACAU